AAAUUUGUGCACUGUAGUUAUCCAAGGCCUGCAAAAGGCCAAAGAUGUCGAACAAGACGGCUGGCAGGCGACGGUUGAUGAGGACUCUGGACUCUUCAAAGUCUCCACAACCUUUGGUGAAUACGAGCCUUUGGACGCACUAUGGAAAAGAAUCCAAGACUACGGUUUUCAGACGCCUUCGAGUCUGAAAAACGGCGAUGUCAGAUUCGACCCGUACAGGUCUACACAACUGGUGAGAGAACACGACGAAGUCCGCGUAGUGGCAGAAGACGAGGCGUCCACUCCUACCACCAUCAGAAUCAAUGAAACACUCAAGUCACACGCAAAUACACAUCAUCCCAAUGCUCUCGAGUUCAACAUCGAUGCAUCGGAAUCUUCUCAGCACUGGCUGGAGAACAAGCAUGGAUUUCGCAUAUCUUUUGAACGCACAAUCAGGAUGCCCGACGAUAACAAGCUCCACCAGCUGCCUGGUUCACUAGGCCAGUUCGAGCUCUACAGCGUCAACGCAUACUCGGAACGUCUGCCGAGUCGCAUGAAAGAUGCAGGAGGCGUUUUCUUUCCCAUGUGGCAGAGAGAGGCCAUGUGGGUCAACUUUGAACAAGGCCGAUACAAGUAUGCCGUGCGUGUCUUCAUGGGCCAUGUGAAUGCCGUUAGUGGACGGCAAAUGAAAGAAGGUCCGGAGACACAAGAUGGAGUCGACGCUCAAGACUACAUUGUUGUUCCUGGCCAGGACUGGCUGGAUGGCAUUUGUGUAGCACCUGGUGUUGUGCGUCAGUUCGUCGCUAUGCCAUUGGGCUCCGGAUACACAGUCGAAGGUCAAAAGACGUCUGAAGAAAAGCACGGGGGGCUGCAGAUUGAAAUUACCCCAGAGAUGCUUCCAGACCUGCGCUUCUGGUCUGACGCGAAGCAGAAGUACAUCACUCUAGGCCCUUACCGAAGCUUAAUCGACGACCUGGAUGAAUCGGAUACCCCUGAGGAACUCGGCUACAAAGUCGGGGAUGUCCUGAGAUCGUAUCCAACCGACGAGGCUUACCACGAGCCGUUUCGCGUGCGAGAUUUUGUCAUGUCCAAGACAGGAGAAACAGAUGAGAAAAGCACGUCUGAAGACGUCGUAGUACUGGAUGCGAUCUAUCGCAGACUGCCGACUUCCAGCAAGCCUGUUGGCAUGGCCCCGAUUCGGGAUAGUUCGGGGGCGACGUUUUCAGACUACCUUAAAUCCGCAAACCUUUUCUCCGACGGAGAUGGAUAUGGAGACAGCGGAGCGGUGAGAUUUGGGGUUGCACCUCCGGCUCUAGAACAUUAUAGAUGCUCUUCACCGGAAAGGUCAUCAAUGGACCAGAUCAUGGCUGGCCAAGCACAGGCGCCGGAUGAGUCGUACGAAACUGAAGAACAAACCAGGGAGGCCGAAGAAAGCACCAACACUGACGAAAAGGCAGAAUUCGAAACAAAAGAUAUCAAGGCCAUGGGCUUGGCUGCCGGCGGCAAACUGAUCCAAGACAUAUACAAAGACCCGUAUCCAGCCUCGACCUGGAACCACGCCGCAGCCCGCAUCCUCAACGUGCACAUGCUGGACCCAGACAGCUUCGAAAAAGUAACGCAUAUUGUGCCACGGCCGCCGCCCAUCGACGUCAGUGAAUACGUCGAGGCGGGCGGCGAGUUCUACGUCGUCGACGAAAAAAUCGACGAGCGCCUCGACGGCGGCGACUUUGAUAACGUCAAGAGCGUCAGCCACAUGGACCAGCAAGUCGGUAUCACCACGGACCCUGAAUUCGAUCCUGCAAAGCCCAAAAUGUGCUCGACGUGUGAGGUGCGCUUGUGCGAUUGCAUUGUCCGCCCCUGCAACCAUCAAUUCUGCAACAUGUGCAUCAAGCAGCUCGCGCAAAAAAAGGGCGAAGGGGCAGAAGCGAGCGCGCAGCAGCAAGGCCACUGGACAUGUCCGCGAUGCGACAGCGCAGUCGCGCACGUCGCAGGCUUCUCGGCGCCUAUGAAUCUGCCGGGUGAAGAGCCGCUGCGCACCCGGGUUGCCGUGCAUGUGCUCAAGAUUGAAGAUGGACGCCUGAGGUUUUCGAGCAUACAGAAGUCGAGAAUCUAGCUGUUUUGCGGGGGGGGGGGAAUACUUGGUUUGGUAGGACAACAGAGUAAUUGAUAACGUCCUUUUUUUUGUAGUUGUCUUGACAUGUUAUAUAUUCAUGUCUCAUUUAGUAAUUGCGCUUCUGCUAUUCUCUAAGAGAGUCAAUUUUCCCAAGCUUAGCGAUGAGAAAACUAGUUGACAGGACAUGAGAGUAAAAGUGUUGCAGUGUACAUGAUC